UUUGCACGAUGGAGGAAGAUUGGGAAGCAUUGGCGGAACAGAAGGCCGAGCAGCUGUUUGCCAAGGCGGACGUGAACAAGUGGGCUGGUGAGGACGAGGAUGAUGUAAAGGACAACUGGGAGGAUGACGAUGAGGAGGAAGAGAAGAAAGAUGUGCCGAAGCUGGAAGAUACACCAACUAAAAAUGCCAAACCGAAGAAAACUGUGCAACAGAAGAAACUUAAAAAAGAAGAGCUAGAACGGCUGCAAAGGGAGGAGGAAGAUGAAGCAAACCUAACACCGGAACAAAGGUUGGCCGAAAAGCGACGAUUGCAGAAGCUCCAGGAAGAAAAUGACCUCCAAACGGCCAUGGAAACGCUAGGCAUUGGGCCGAUGUCAUCGAGCAACGGUAUCGAUGGUAUGCAUCCGACUACGAAGGAAGAAUUUAGCGAACUAGCCGAAGCGAUUAGCAAAAAGCUCUCCAACUACCGUGCGCAUACCGAGUAUCAAGGAUUUUUAGAAGAGCUACUACUUAAAGUAUUUGCCAGCUUAUCAUCAAACAACAUCAGAAAAGCUAAAACUACCCUAGAUAACUUGUACUUGGAAAAGCAAAAGGUCGAAAAAGGUGACAAGCCAAAGAAGACCAAAGGCAUUAAAGUGAAAGCGAAGUUGCGUGUUGAGGGCGAAAAUACGACGCUGAACGAAUAUGCCACAAAGUAUGAUGAUUACGAUGAUUACGAUGAUUUCAUGUAACGGUGCAUGUUGGUGCACAUGUCGGUUGGAAC